CGACCUUCGCAAUGCAAAGCCAACAUCUUGAGAGUUAAGACGUGCCACUGCCAGUUAUUUUGUGGAAGUCCUACAGCCGUACCUUGUGCCAUGCCCACAACAGAGUUUAUUAGCUACGAUGCUAAUCGGAAGAUUUGGAGCGCAGCGACGAACUACCCACAUUGGUCCUUCGUAAAUCAGUCGCUAGGUCAAGCAUUUCUUCAUCAAAUGCGAAAGCUGCCUGCAGACCAGGUGCUCGAGCAUUAUGUGGACACGGACGAGUUGCGUACCGCGGGCCAAAUUUAUCGUGAAUCUGUAGCGGUGGCAAAGAAUUUGGAAAAGUUAGGCUUCAAACGAGACGAAGUCAUUGUGGUGUACUCAAAAAAUAAUAUGAAAGCGACGCCACUAAUUAUGGGCGCUUUUUUAAUGGGUGCUAAGGUGAAUACAUUUGACACCACUUUGGAAGCAGAACAUAUUGAUUACACAUUGGGUCUACUGCAACCCGCCGCCAUUUUCUACGACGAAGAGUUUGCACUUAAGGUCGCCGACUCAUUGAAGCGCUCACCGUUACCUUCCGUGCGUUACCAACUGUCUUUAGAAAGCUCAGAAGUGCCUAAUUUUGACAGUGAGCUCUUGCAACCCGUUACAGAAGAAGAAUUGGCUAGCUUCCAGCCUGCGCCAGUGAAUGAUCCACAGAACGAUACAGCCUUUCUUGCGCUAACGUCUGGUUCGACGGGUCUACCGAAAGUUGUGGACGUCACACACUCACUCAUCCUGCAUGCUAUUAUCACCGGUUGGUACCAUACCGCUGCACCCACACCGCCCCCAACAGGCUACACAAUAUUCACCUUUGCGCCACUCCGUUGGAUAAGUCAGUUGGAUUUCAUGCUUAUCUCUCUGCUGCUCGGCGCACGACGUGUUUGUGCCACUAAGCAUGCAUCUGGUCCCUACGGCGCCGAUAUUGUUAGAAAAACGCGAGUUAGGCACAUCUUCCUUGUACCGCAGGUCCUUGAAGAUAUACUCAACACAUUAGAAGAGUCGGAUACAGAGUCAAUGAGUUCGCUGCGUGUCAUACAGAUCGGCGGUGAGGCCCCUUCCAAAGCUUUGCGCCAAUUAGUGCAAAAGCACUGUGUGAAUGCGAAAACUUAUUGCUGCUUCGGCAUGACCGAGCUUUCCGGCGUCGUCACCAACGCGGAGCACGCAAAUGCAGGAAAAUUGGUCGCGGGUAUACAAAUGCAAAUACUCGACGAUGAUAUGCAGCCUCUGGGUCCUAAUCAACGUGGACAAUUGUAUAUCAAAGCACCCGUACCGCUCAAGCCUUACCUCAAAAUCGACAGUAGUGGCGAUUACUUCCCCGACGGUUACUUUUUGAGUGGCGACUACGGUUUUGUAGACGAGCAGCACAAUCUGCAUGUGGAGUCGCGCUAUAAGGACCUUGUGCGCGCCAAGGAUGUGAUUAUAAUUCCGAACAAUGUCGAGUACCUGAUUAACGAGCUGCCCGAGGUGGCAGUGUCGCGGCUUGUUGGCUAUAGACAGUCGGAGGAUAGCACCGCCGAUGUUGGCGCAUUAUUUGUGGUAUUGAAAAGCUUUGCCACAGACUUGCCAUCUGGAUUAGUUAGGCUCAAGAUACGUGAUGUUUUGUUGGCAAAGCUCAGUCCCAAAGAGAAUGCAAAUAUUGAAAAGAUAUUAUUCCUUUCGAAAAUACCGGUGACCAAUUGUGGCAAAGUAGAUCGUGUCGAACUGCGCAUACAAGCGAGCUUAUUGUGAUUAAACUAAAAUAUAAUUUGACUGUGAAUUUUUUAUUAAUUUUUAUAAUUUGGAAUUACUCUUAAAGGCAUACGCAGACGCAUUAGUGGCUAUUAUUCAUUAUCCAAGAUUUAGAGUAGGAUUGUAGGGAUAUGAUAACGUAUCUAUAAAUUUCUGAUCUUUCUGCGAUGGUUUUCAUGUGUCCUGUAGUUGAUAAGGAAUAUUUAUUCAACUCGAAGAAUCAAUGAAAUAACGUUACCAUUUCGGAAAAAGUAGUCCUGGUAAUUGUCCAACAAAAAUUGAAAAAAAAAAAAAUUGAGGUCAAUAGGUAUGGUAUUGACUUCUUGGUUUAGAGAGAUUGAAACGAGCUUAAAAUCUUUGUAACCAUUUUAAGUGUUUCUUUAGGGAAAAUUGUCCCUAACCAUUUUGUUGGAUAUGGUAACUGAAGCAAUUUUUUUAUGUGAAAUAAUUGAAAGAGGUGGGCGUCAGAAACAUCGAGUAUCAUAGGUUCUUAACGACUUUCCGCAUAAAAUUUUAUGAUGUCAAUUAAAUUUGUAUUCCAAUUUUUCUUAUUCAACUAAUCCCGUGUAAUCUUUAUUUAUUGGAUUACUUAAACAUUUUGGUUAUUUAUAACUCAACUAAUACUUUCCUUUUCGAAAAAGAUUAAAACAAAUUUAAUUUUUUCUAUUAAUCACUUUUAUUUAAUUAUUUAUUUUGAUUUCGAUUACAUAUUUAUAUACACACACUCUACUUGCAUACUCUCUCUCUAUACCAGAUUUUCUGUUGUUUUUUCUCCCUUUUAAGUUCAACUAUAUAGCUAAUACUUUGUCACAUUGUUAUUCUUAACUUAAUUUAUAUUGUUUUUCUGGCAUUAUUUAAAUGAGGCUUACUUUAAUUACUCAUUAUUUGUGUUUAUUCAUUAAUGCAUUACAUA